AUGGGUGAUAAACCGACAGACAUCUUCACGGCGGUGUGCAAGGGAGACCUCGAAGCCGUCGAAAGUCUACUGAAUGAGGGGGCAGAUAUCAACCAGCAGAAUGAAGAGGGGACGCCUCUCCUCCUAGCCUCACGAAAUGGGCACACACAUACGGUUCGCUUCCUUCUCCUCAAGGGAGCCAGCGUUGUAGACGCGGCUGCUCGUGAUGGUUCCACACCCAUUCACGCAGCAGCAACAUUUGGGCACACCGACACCCUCCGAGUCUUGCUAGACAGUGGCGCAGAUAUUCAGUCAACCGACAACGCUCAGAACACUGCUUUAUUCCUGGCCGCAACAAACAAUCACAUCGAUGCCAUGAAAUUUCUCUUGGGGAAAGGAGCUGAAAAGGAGGCAAUGAAUCAAGAUAAGAAAACUCCCCUCGUGGGAGCUGCAAUGGGUGGCCACCUUGCACUAGUCAAAACUUUGAUUGAGCACGGCUGUCUCCUUAAGACAGACGAUACGGCGGAGCAUACACCCAUCACAGGAGCAGCCUUCAAAGGACAUCUUGAGAUUGUCAAGUUUCUCCACAAAAAGGGCGCUUAUCCAGAGCCAACAGAGGGAAAGCGUCCAUCUGCUCUUCAUUAUGCAGCCGGCCAAGGCCACUACGAGAUUGUGGAAUUCCUCUGCUCUUAUCUUCAUCUUACCGAAAGAACCCCAGUUUGGCAACCUGGGGGGAACACGCCACUCAAUUUAGCAGCCAGAAAUGGCCAUACCAAAACAAUAGAGUUUCUACUGAAGAAGGGUAUUGACGCACAUCACCGGAACGAGGCGGGUGAGACGGCACUCUAUGGUGCUAUCGAUUCAGGAAAUCUCCGGGCGGUAGAACUACUGCUCAAAAAAUGCCCUGACAUUAACAUCAAGACGUCAAGGUGGGAAACACCGCUCCAAAGAGCCUGCUACCGAGGGGAUGAAAAGAUUUUUGCGCUACUCCAAUCCUACUUUCCAUACAUGAGGGACUGUUUAUCGAAGUGCCUAGAGGCGGCGGCUUCGCAGGGACACGGGGCAAUAGUCAAGGUGCUCCUCGAUAUUGCAGUAAAGAUUGGUGUCAAAGAUGUUGACCUAACCGAUGGUUUAAGCCAUGCGGCCUCAUCCGGCCACCUAGACGUUGUUGAGAUCUUCCUCGAUGCUGGAGUGAAGAUCGAAUAUGACGGAUCAUACCCCCGAAGUGCGCUUUUCGGGGCUAUCGAAUCGCAGAAGAUCGAAAUGGUCCAACUCCUAAUACAGAGAGGUGCUGAUGCUUGUUUUAUCGGCCAUAGACGCUGGUCAACACUCAUGCAUGCCAGUUUUGAAGAUUCUACCGACAUCGUCAGGCUGCUUCUGGAGAAAGGUGCAGAUCACAAAAUUACCACGAAUAAAGGAUCGACCCCUCUCAUAUCGGCCUUGGAGCAGGACAAGGUGGAUGUAGCCAAGGUGUUGUUGGAACAGGAUGACCCGUGUUUGAAUCUUCAAACGUUCAAAAAGUGGACUGCGCUGCAUGUUGCUGUCCACCGCAGACAUGUUGAUAUCGUCAAGAUCCUUCUCGAUAAAGGGGCGAAUAUGGAGGCGGUCGAUCAACGUGGAAAUACCCCUUUGCAACUUGCUUGUGCGGCAAACAAUGUUGACAUAGCCGACCUUCUCAUCAACAAGGGCGCCAAUUUGGAAGCAGAAGAUUCGUCCGGCUGGACGGCGCUCAGUGAUUCUGCCGCUUCUGGAUUCACCAAAGUGGUCAAGCUGUUGAUCGCGGCAGGAGCAGAUCUGGAGCAUGCCACACAUGGAUGGUCUCCUCUCCACUUGGCCGCAAAUAAAGGUCAACUGGAUGUCGUGAAAGUCCUUUUGGAGAAUGGGGCAAAUAUAGAGAGUAGGAACGACGAAGGUUGGGCACCACUCGCCACUUCUCUUUCCAAAGACAGGAUAGAGACUUUCAAGCUGUUACUCUCAAAGGGUGCUAACCCAAACGUGAGAACCUUGAACGGAGAGACGCCAUUAGGUUUUGUUGCGUCAAGGGGGUGUCUCGAAAUUGUUGAACUGCUGUUAUCUCAUGAAAACAAUUCUAUUGAUCUCGAAGUACGACUGAAUGAUGAUUGCACGCCAUUGCUUCGAGCUGUGUGGUAUGGUCACGCAGAAGUUGCGAAAUUUCUCAUGGAGAAGGGCGCUGACUCCACGGCCAUGGACAAGCACGGUCAAACACUACUAUAUGUAGCAUCAAUGUUUGGGCACUUGGACAUCGUCAAGGACUUGCUUAGUGACUCCACUAGGGCUCUUCACAUCCCAAAUACUACAAAUGGCACCCUUCCAAUUCAUUCCGCUGCAGAGAAAGGCCAUCUCGAAGUUCUACAAUACCUUCUUUCACAAUAUGAAAACCCGGCUGCUCCAGGUGGUAGCGCAGGCUCGUCACGCAAGGAGCGGACAACCACUGAAAAUCAAGAAAGUAAGGAAUGCUUGGUCAAUCGACGUGCAGGUGUAAAUCUCCAGUCUAAAUCUGGGCAGACUCUGCUUCAUUUUGCGACUAUUUGGGGCCAUUUUGACAUUGUCAUGUACUUGCUUGAUAACAAAGCAGAUCAAGGCAUCUUGGAUGCAACGGGUCGAUCGCCAUUGGCACUGGCUUCAUACUAUGCAAGCCUUGAAAUAAUUGAGCUGCUCCUUUCGAGGCCUGGCUCUAAUCCAGUUUUGCUUGAUGCUGCAGGCCGCACGCCAUUGUUUCUUGCCGCUGCCAGGGGACACUGUCAAGUUAUCGACAGACUUCUUGCAACACCGGCCAUGGAAACGCCUCUCCUUCUCAAGAGGGAUAUAUACAAUUCAACCCCCGUCUCAGUAGCAUUGAGAAAUGGACAUGAGGAUGCCGUGAUUCUACUCUUGAAGUCUGCUAGACCAUCUCUAGAAUUGGAGGACUUUGGGGGUAAGACGCUCGGCCACUGGGUUCGAUCUCUAGCAAGCGAUCGCCUAAAAAACUUUUUCUUGGAUAACAAGUGGAACGACGGUUUGGAGGGAAAGAAUGAGCCUGAAGAGGAGAAUGCCGAGAAAGAAGACAAGGACGAGGAAGAUGACAAAGGCGAGAAAGAUGACGAGGACGAGAAUCCACGAAAAGGAUGCGACGUGUGUCUGAAGCUACUGGAGGAGUCUGACCAGCGUUAUGAGUGUGGUGUUUGCGACCGAGCCGUUUUCAUUGAGUGCGAAGAUUGUUUUGAACUCGGACACAAAUGCGCUGACAAAUCCCACAACUUGACAUUCAAAGCGGAUGAAGUUGAAGGGGAUGAAAGUGAAGGGAAAUGGGUGGUCCUCCAAGCAUAA